GAGGCACCGGCAAUAGCAACGUAGAGGGGACGAGAGGCACAAAGGCAGAAGACAGGCGUCUGAACUUGUAAACAGCAGCAGCUCAAGAGCAGGAAGAGCACUGCCCACAGAGGCAGCUGCUCCGCUUAGGGGGAGGCAGAGGAAGGAGGCAGAAGCGGCACCAAAGGGAGUGGGGUGAAGAGCCAGGCAGAGCCGAUCCCUGCUGGACGUUGGGCCCAUGUCUACAGCCACGUCACCCUGAACGCGCCCGAUCCUGUCUGGACAUCGGGCCCUCCUUUCACCCUGCUGUGGCCGAGAAGAUGCAGGAGGAGGGGUCAGGCAGGACUCUCACUCUAGAUCUGGGGAUGGCAGAAAACGGGGGCUGCUGCAGCCACCGACUUCCCUUCUGUGGGUGUGCCCAGAGCUCUAAGGAUGAGUCGCUGGGUGGGGGCUGGACCCUCGCAGGAUAGAGCACACACGUAGAGGGUAUAUCCGUGAGCAUCGGGUGUGAAGUCCAAGGUGAGGCCUAACAACACGUACCCCUAAGUUCAAGGAAAAGGCCCCCUUCUCCAGACCUGGGCCUAGGCCCUGAGGAGGCUGAGGCUGGGCUGUGGCCUAGCAGCUCCCAUCCUCGACCCCUCUGCUGGCUCCUCCAUCUCCCAGGAGCCUCCAGGAGGAGCAGGGACAAGUUCUGUCUCAGCCGGAGUUUGCCGGUCCCGCACGGCUGAGCUGCAAGACACCCACUGGACACUGGGUGGCGGCCUUACCCCACACCAAGCUCAGAGGCCUGCAGCUGCGCCCGCAAGGCUUCCCAAAGCCCCAUCUCACCCCACCUGGGACUCCUGCAGCCCCAGCUGGUAGCUCCAGACCCCUGUGGCUGUUGACCUCUCCCCACUCCAACAAUAUACACUUCGCUCUACCCCGUACUUUCUGCAAACCCAGCCACUCCUCUCUCAGAUCAGACCUUCCAGAGACUCCUUAAAGCAGGCAAGGCCAGUAUCUUUAAGAUGAGGAAAAGAAAUUAUGGCCUAGACAGGAGCUAAGCCUUGAGGUGUGGUUAAGCUCUCUGCGCUCUUUCUAAAGUUCUUUUCCCACCACUUCACGUAGCCUCCCAUCUCCCUGGGGAGUUCCAGGGCCAAGAGCCCUUAAUCCCAAAGAGACACCAAGCGGGGAGGGGCCCGGAGGUGUGGAAGGACAGCACCUCAGUCCACAGUGGCCUGGGUCUGCUCUCAGGCCCCACCCCCACCGGUUCCAAGGGGAGGACCUGGAAUUCUAGCCGCUUCACAGCAUUUGUGUUCCAGGCGGAACCUGCCCCGGUCCCGUUCUGCUUAUGUGCUGGGUCCUGCCCCUGCAUCCACUCCCCCACUCCUGGCCCCAGACCAUGCCAUAGGUAGGUGGCAGGCCACUCAGCCUGCCCUGAGAGCUCACAGUGGGGGAUGAAACGGAAAGCCGGGUCUUCGCUUCCGCCCUGCCCUCCCACUGCCCGCUGGGUGAGCCUGGCCAAGCCAGUGGCCUCCUGGGUGCCCAUUUCUCUUCCUGGUCUUGGCACUGCCUACCACAGAGCAAAGAAGUUCUUCCCAGUUUGUACCUUCCCUAGUUACUGGUUGAAGGGGCCAGGGCCGGUUAGCCGAGAGAGGCACUCCUUCCCAGCCCAGCACCAGACCCAGGUUCUGCUGCCACUGACACCCCAGCCCUGCAGGGUCUCGGACUCCCUCAGCCAGCUGACUCCUGACACGAGCCACCCCACCGCGGUGAGGCCUGACCUGCAGCACUGGCCUGAGUCACAGGGGAUGGACUCGUUGCAGAAGCAGGACCUCCGGAGGCCCAAGAUCCAUGGGUCAGUCCGGGUGUCCCCCUACCAGCCACCCACGCUGGCCUCGCUGCAGCGCUUACUGUGGGUCCGUCGGGCUGCCGUGUUGAACCACAUCAACGAAGUCUGGCCCAACCUCUUCCUGGGAGAUGCGUUCGCAGCCCGGGACAAGAACAAGCUGACCCAGCUGGGCAUCACGCAUGUUGUGAAUGUCGCCGCAGGCCAGUUUCAGGUGGACACAGGUGCCAAGUUCUACCGCGGAAUGCCCUUGGAGUACUACGGCAUCGAGGCUGACGACACCCCCUUCUUUGACCUCAGUGUCUACUUCCUGCCUGUUGCUCGAUACAUCCGAAGUGCUCUCAGUGUUCCCCAAGGCCGUGUGCUGGUACACUGUGCCAUGGGGGUGAGCCGCUCUGCCACAGUUGUCCUGGCCUUCCUCAUGAUCUGCGAGAACAUGACGCUGGUGGAGGCCAUCCAGACAGUGCAGGCCCACCGCAAUAUCUGCCCCAACUCAGGCUUCCUCCGGCAGCUCCAGGUCCUGGACAACCGACUGGGGCGGGAGACGGGUCGGCUCUGACCUGGUGGGCAGCCAGGAAUCCUGACCCUCUGGCCGGCAUGGCCCACCUAACCAGCCUGGACCUGGGGGCCUUGUUUCCGGUGACUUUGAGAUGUAAAUAGCAAGUGGGGGCUUAGCUGAGGCAGAGGCAGGGAGAGCUGGUGGUGACCUUUAGCAGGUGGAUUUUCCCUGACCCAAUCCAAAGAUUCUUUAUGCAAAAGAGAGUUCAGUCUGUCUCUAUAAUAAAAGGUUCCUCAUAAUAAAGACUUCAUCUUCUGGUGA